CGGUCACGCCAGUUGUAUUGUACUGAAGUUGUGUGUGAGGUAGUUGUUUUUGUGUAUGAAAAUAAAUAAUAUAAGAUGAGCUCGCACAUCUUAACAAACGUUGAGGAAAAACCCAAUACGGCCAGUUUAGAUGAGCUGCCCUAUUUUCCCGAAAAAUAUCCCGGCAAAGUAUGCUGCCUGUGCAAUUUGGGAGAGAGAAGUGCGCUCGGCCAAGGGGUCAUGUUUCAAUUAAAAGUGCCUACGGAUUUCAAAGAAAAGAAUACACCAUAUCUUUCUAAUGACACUGAAAAAGAUCAGGAUAUGUUGCGGAAACUUAAGUGGCUUAAAACGAAAACAGUGUGUAACGGCGAAAGCCAAUAUGAGCUGGAUAAAAUCGGAUACUCGGACAUUGUAAAUGCAUCGCUAUUUCUCGACGAUGAGUUUGUUUACGUGCAUCGCAUGUGUAUAAUGUGGUCGAUGCGUAAAAUGCAAGUCUCGGAUACCGAAAUCUUUCAGUUUCUCAGUCAAUUGUCGGAGUUCUUGGAGCAGAAAUGCAGUUUUUGUGGACAGUAUGGAGCAUCGAUUACAUGCAAAAUGAAUUGCCGCCAAAUCCAUCAUUGGCCUUGCGCCACAGCAGCCGGUUGUUUGCUCAUCCUGGAGAGCUUCACUGUCUUCUGCACAGAGCAUUUAAGCCAGGUUCCAUUGAUCUGUAGUGACAAUAACGUCGAGUGUUUAACGUGUUCUUCAUUGGGUGAUCUCUCGAAAAUGGUCAUGUGCUGUUCUUGUGGCGACCACUUUCAUUCCACUUGCAUUGGCCUGGUCAAUCUACCUGAUACUCGAGCCGGCUGGAGCUGUGCACGUUGUACAAAAUGCCAGAUUUGUAGACAACAGGACUCGAUUGACGUAAAGUAUGUAAAGUGCGAGCAAUGCCAGAAAAUGUACCACGCCUCCUGCUUACGUCCAGUGAUUUCAUCAAUUCCCAAAUAUGGCUGGAAAUGUAAUCGUUGUCGCGUUUGCACUGACUGUGGAUCAAGGACGCCUGGUGGUGGAAGCUCGUCCCGCUGGCAUAGUCACUACACAAUUUGCGACUCUUGUUAUCAACAAAGAAAUAAAGGAUUCUCUUGCCCGAUCUGUCAGAAAGCCUACAGAGCUGCAGCCUACAAAGAAAUGGUCAAAUGCAGCUGGUGUCAUAAAUUUGUUCACAGCACCUGUGAUGAGGAGGCUGAUUUAACGGCCUACCACAAAAAGAAAGAGUUCAAUCCCGACUAUGACUAUGUGUGCCCCAAUUGCAAGACAAACUCAACCGUAGCCCAGCUUAAAACUGAGCCUGAACGUUCCAUUGCCGAAGCUCAGACAGCGGAGCAUUUCAAUGUCAAAGACGGUGAUACAGAUCCGUUGGAUGGCAAGCCGUGUGGCGAAAUUAGCAAUGAAGAUCCACUCAAGUUGCCUAGCACCAAGAAGAAGGUAUGCUUAACUAAUAUGCGUGGCAAAGGUGGCAAGUUUGUGUUGCAUCGCGUGGGUAGCAUGUCGCAAAUAGGCAAGAAACGCAGCAGUCGCGGCAAAGGGCGGCAGUUGGUGCUACAAAGCGGCUCCAGUGAACGGUAUAUUAGCCGCAACUUGGACACGGACUUCUCAAGUGAUAAGAAGAUGCUGCUUUGCUCGGCUCGCGAUAAAUAUUCUCUCACGCAGGACAUUUGCGUAAUGUGUGGCUCAGUAGGCAGUGAAUCUGAUGCAGUACUCAUAACGUGUGCUCAAUGCAGUCAAUGCUAUCAUCCUUAUUGUGCGAGUGUCAAACCGUCGCGAGGCAUUCUUCAAAAGGGCUGGCGCUGCUUGGAUUGUACGGUAUGCGAAGGAUGCGGGAAGAAGAACGACGAGGCGCGUUUACUGCUGUGCGAUGAAUGCGACAUCUCUUAUCACAUUUACUGCGUGAAUCCGCCGCUCGAUGCGGUGCCUCACGGCAAUUGGAAGUGUUCGUUUUGCACGCUCUGCCAAAAGUGUGGACGCAAUCCGACUGAGAAAGUUGAUCACAAUGAUGCACAACAGCAGUCACCUGAGUGUGCGCCUUGUGCCAGUCAAAACAAUUGCACUGUUUGCACAAAAGCUUAUGUCGACGGUGAGACGAUAAUUCAGUGUGAACAGUGCUCGCACUGGUCGCAUUACCUUUGUGAUAGCAUUAACACGCAACACAAAAUCGAGCAUUACGAGAACAACAUUUACAAGUGCUUCAAGUGCCGUGCCAGCGUCACACAGCCCCAACCAAUAGCUGCCAGUGACAACUCGUUGAACGCAUCAAAACUUGUGCCCGAUGUUAGUCAAGAAAGCAAGACUGUUAUUUCAACGGAUCGUAACAUAUUAUUGGCAAACGACUUGCUCGAAAGCACAGAGGCAAUUCAUUGGAUUGACGGCGUCUGCUUGAGUGAAAAUGGCUUAAACAUGAUUAAAUCCCUUUCGACUGAAAUUAAGCGCAAGCGAAAAAUGCGACAACCGAUUGGACACAAGGAUGGACAAAUGGAUGCUGGAGGCUCUGAUGAAGUGCCAAGCGAUAAGUACAAGGAUGGAAUGAUUUGGGACAGAGCGGAGUCAGCAUUACCCGAGGGCUUCUCCAUCUCUACCAAUGAUGACGGCGUGCACGUGUUACGCAAAAAACGCCAACGCAAUUUGCAAAAAUUGGGCAUCGGUGGUUUUUCAGUACGAAAUCGGGCGUUCAAAAAAGAUAACGAGGAUACAAUUGAUCCAUUAAAUGCAAUGCUAGUUGCAGACAAAAAAAAGAAAAUCAUUCGCAAAAAGCAAAAGAACAAACUAAUCGAAGCAUAUCCGCCUUAUCUGCAAGAAGCUUUUGGUAAACCGUUGUUGGAAUCGGGCGAUGCUGUCGUCUACGAUUCAGAUACAUCCGAUGAAAUCGAUACAACAAUGAAAAUAUUUUUCACUAAUGUCAACAAUAAGAAAUCGGAGGAAGAAACCAAUGUAUCAAACAAAAGUCCUGUUAAAUCCCUCAGGCGACCGAAGCCAGAAAAACCAUUGUCAUUGCCUGAGAAUAAAAACAUUUUUGGUGAUCAAUUUGCAAUGCAAACGCAUUCGAACGAUGAUCUUGUAUCGGAGGCUGCGCUGUUUGAUACGUCUAUGACGGAUAUUUCGAGAAACGGAACUACGAAUAACAUUCAUACAUUGGACCCCUUGACCGCUCAGGGAAUUGCCGGCUUAGAUGUAAACCAUCAUAAUAUGAAUUUAAUCGGAGCCACUGACAACAUGAAACCCCAAAUAAGCGAACAGACUGUCUUUGUGGAGAACUAUGCUGUGCCUUCACAGUUGACGCAAGAUCAAAAGUUUCAUAAUAAGAUGUUCUUGCCGGCAAAUGUAAAUGCCAAAGCUGCACAACUUCAUUAUCAACCAAAGGUCCAAGCCAUGCCAACGCAGUUGUCAAUGCAAAAUGACAAAAGGGUUGUAGAGGAACCAAAGCCCAAUGAACCGAGCACCGAGGGCAUGAAUGUGGGUACCCAAAAGACAGCAGAGAAGAUGCGCAAGGAUGAAGAUCUUGGCUUAAUGGCGACCAUCUCAGCAGUGUUGUAUGCAAACACAGAACAUGCUAAUCUUAAAGAAUUGUAUCCAAAUUGGAAUGAUCGCUGUAAGCAGAUACUCAAGCGAUGGCGCUCAUUGUGCAAUGAAAAGAAGGCGCCAUUUCUGCAAAAGGCUAAGGAUAAUCGGUCCGCGUUGCGUCAGCGGCGGGAACAGUGCAAAAUCAGUCAACCAGCAGUAGCCAAAACUGAAAAACCAGAUGACAAUCGUGCUUGGAAAAGUCAAACCUGUAAACCGAAAGAAGAACAAACAAAUAUGUUUGGUAAUUACAAUGGCAUAUCGUAUGAUGCACCGUGCUUUAUGGGAUCAACUUUACACACUCCAAAUUCACAUCCAACUACCCCAAUACUUAAUGAGAACCUGGUAGUAAAAUCAACAAUUCAAAGGAAUCCCAUGCAACCUACUGCGUCGCCUUCACUAAAAAUAUCGUCAGUUGAACAGCGAAUGGAGUUAAAUCCGACAUCCUACGGAACAGAACCAGUUGGUGAUAAAAAGCUUAGGAAUCUACUACAAAAAACGAAUUCUGAGGCCAUGCUAAUGACGUCCAAUUCGGAAUACUUUAUGCAAAGUGAUGUGCUGCGACUUGGACUCUUACAAAAUGCUCCAAUCACGCAAAACAAUCCCAUGUUGAGUAUGAGUGGUAAGCCCCAACAUUCAGAGAUUCGAAGUCUUGAACAGGAUGGCAAGAAUCCACUUGAUAGUAUCAAGAUGUCUGAAUCACAAGAGGGCAUUUCAUCAUCUACUGUUGAGCUAGAGAAUGUUGGCUUUGGUGAUAUAUUGGGUGGCUUUGGGGAGGGAGACGAUGAUGAUCUACUGAAAUCAUUAACUUCGGAAAUAGGCGAGGAUUUCAACAUACUGGAGUAUGCGGAUCCAGAACUAGACGUCAAUGUGCUCAACACAUUGGAUUUUGAAGAUACUGAAAAGAACUCAACAUAA